AUGAAAAAAGUUCACCUCUACAAUAUAAGUGAGACUGAAAUGAAGGAAAAACGACCCAAUAAAAUUCUGAAGUUCGCUAUCUCUCAAAUUCUUAAAUUCGGAUUCUUGAAAUUCAAUAACUCAGAAUUUCAAAAAUUUAGAAACUUGAGAAUUUCGAAAUUCCAAAAUUCGGAAAUUUGGAAAUUUGAAACUUCAGAAAUUAAAAAAAUAUCUCAAUUCCGGAAUUUGAAACCUUAUAAGUUUCCGUCUACAUAUCCGUCUACAUUGACAUAUAGCUUACCCGACAAUUGGCAGUCACCCAUGAUCGGGCUGAUGAAAACGAAUUCGAACCUUUUUCUCUCCUCCCGGAACGUUCUAUUUUCGACAAACCAAACGGACGAACCUGAUGAACCUGACGGACGAACCCGGACCUACGAACCGGACCAAAAACGGACGAGAAACGCUCGUUCUUGUGUUGUCAAAUUCUUUUUGAUCUUCAAUUUAUUUUCCUUGUAA